AUGAGCAAUACUCUCCGCGGCUAUCAGAUUCUCCUUGACCUAAGCAAAGCAUACUUUCUCAACCGGAACCCGAUAAAAGGUAUUAAGAUCAAUAAUUUUGUGAAAGAAAAAUUGACAAGGUUAGAAAACCCUAGUACCUCGGGGGAAUGGCGUAGACGAGCAUCUACUUGGUACAGCAUGGGUAUCACGGCUUUACAAUUCCGCUUUCUAUCCGAAGCAAAAUCAUGUCUCGAGGCAGCCUAUGCGGCGAACCUACAAAUCCAGAGAAAGAGUGGGAUGGAUGUAGAUAUUAGCUUCGAAUGUGUUUCCAAAUUGGGCUAUGUUCUAUUUAUGAUGGGUGACCCCAAACUCGCGAUUGAGAAGGAAAAAACACGCCUGGAUUUUCGAAAGCAGCACUAUGGGGUACAGGAUAUAUGGUAUCUCAGAAGUAUAGCAUUGGUAACGCGGUAUAUGACCGAGAGGGGGCUCGUUCGCUUUUCACAGCCUAUUCUCCGUCUUACGAUCGAGACAUGCGAGACUAUGGGUAUUGAUGAAAAGCGCUACCACUGUUUAUUGCGUGAGUACUACGGUGUUUCAUUUACCGUAGAUAUGGCGGAGUUUGGCGAUGCGUAUGGCCUAGGUCGGCAUGAUGUAGUGGAGCUCGAGUGA